CUCUUCAUUCAAUAGGUACGGCAUCCAUUGUCCAGGUCUAAAAUCAGUGCCGAGAUGCGAACUAUAAAUAGGUAAAGUAUUUAUUCCAAAAAUGUAGACUAACAUUACUGGUUACAAAAGUGAAUUUAGCAUUGUGGUCAUGCGUGCUUGCUUACUCUUGGCUAUGUAACUGUACCCUCGUCAAAAUGGUUACAUUGUAGCAGCAAAGUUCCUAUGAAACGUUGCUGUUCUAAUCAAACCUACAGUAUCUUCUGUUUACUCCUUUCUGUUGUUUUCAUUUCAUUUAAGUCAUUUAGCAGACGCUCAACGUUAGCUUCUGUAUCCAGAUAGAUAACAGUAUAGGAGCACUUCAUUUAAUGGGUUAUGAAGUUACUUGUAUUUCAUUUUCACAUGAUGAGAAAUCUUUCCCCCCUAAAAUACAUGUAUGUAGUUAGCUAAUAUUACACUGUGCGGCCUUGCCAACGUAAGAGUAUAACUUUAGACCGUCCCCUCGCCCAUACCCGGGCGCGAACCAGGGACCCUCUACAUUAAGGCUAGCAGCUAGCAUUAUUAUCCAACUUGUUUGCUAUGCUGCAUGCAUGGAAGUGAAGUGUUUCAGAGAAGGGUGUCACCCACCUACCUACCUGAGACUGCUUGCAUAACGUUAGCUUACUCUAUUGACACAGCCAUUGAAGUGACAUGGUCAAUACUCUGUAAUUCAUGAAGGCCAUGCCGCUCAACACACUGUUCAUUACUAAUAUCCAGCUAGAAAUAUGAGUCAUUAAGUAAUUGCCUAGUGACAAUGGGUUGAUAUUUCCAUUAAUACGGAGAUCCUGGUGGUCAGCCGGCAUUAUACCGGCAUUAUACAAUUCCAUGAGUGUUUCAAUGUUCUCAUCACCAAGAACUUCAGAUCCACUGAAUGAUGGUUAAACAUAUUGACCACUGAGUGCAGGGGUUUUAAGAACUUCUGACCACUGACACUGAGGCUCCUCUUAUUCACCAUCACACAGACUUGCUUUGUGCUGUAAAGAGCAGUGAGCUGGAUGUGCCAGAAUCCUCCAUCUGUUUUAUUGAGAGGGCAGCUGUCUGAGGACCAUGAGGACCGCUAGACUGAGAAAAUAUCUGUCUCCAGUCAGUUGGUGGCAAAGAGUUUCUCUUUAAGUCAGUCACUCAACAUAACACACGACAUGGCGAUGAUCUUUGUCCCUUCAGGGAACUAGUCUAUUCAUAACCCUAGUGUUCUGAACAAUUCCACAGUAACAUAAUGAUGCCGAUACUCAGAUUUUUCACUUUGGUUAUUUGUUUGCCAAUCAUUUUAAUCUCAAUGACUACUUUUAACAAUUUCCACAAACAUGUAGAAAAACACAUUCACUUGAACAGUGCAGAUGCAACAUGGUUUGUGCUGUCAUUCUGUUACUGAACUUUGGUUACCAAACCAUGGAGAUGCCCUUCUGCAUUCUUAAAGGAAGCUCUGUGCAUGAUGUGGGGGACUCGGCACUCAAUGUUACAUUAUAUCAACGAAUUGAAAUCUGCAAACUUCGCCAGGGUGAACAUUUGAUCCUGGGUUUCAGCAUUGGAGGGGGAAUAGACCAAGACCCUGGUCAGAACCCCUUCUCUGAAGACAAGUCCGACAAGGGCAUCUAUGUGACACGGGUGACACCAGGGGGACCAGCAGAAGUUGCGGGCUUGAUGAUGGGAGACAAAGUAAUGCAGGUAAAUGGAUGGGAUAUGACCAUGGUGACACACGACCAGGCACGCAAACGGCUGACGAAGAAGAAUGAAGACAUUGUGCGGCUACUGGUGACCAGGAAAUCGCUGGAGCAGGCUGUCAGACAUUCUAUGAUGUAAUGACUCCAACGCAAGUCCUUUAGUGCAGACAGAGUUUGCUAUCAGACGUGAGACAAUGCCAGUGACCGAGAGCAUAGUAUUUCAAAUCUUUUAUCACAUAUUGUAAGUUUGGGGUGAAUUCCACAUCAAUUCUGUCAAUUCAGGAGAUGUAAUGAAAUUGAAAAGUGCAAUUUGUUUUAUGAAGGAUUCCUGAGUUGAAUUGAAAAGGAAUUGAUUAUGGCUGUACUCACAUAUUCCCAAACAGGGUACACUCCAUUUAUACCAUGUCUCUACAAUUCAUCAGUAUGAUUCUAGUUAUUGGGAUCAUUAACGCCUUUAACUAGCUGACUUGUGUAUUACUUUUUCGGUUAUUAGUACAUUUCAUGAUCUCAGUCAUGAUUUGAUUUACUCUACAUGUUAUAUCUAUGUUUUCGAGUCCAUGUCUGUACAAGCCAAAAGAAAACAUUUUUUUAAAACUAUAGACUAAUUAAUGUAACUGUCAUGUGGUGUAACUUCCACAUAUUUUGCAUGAGCAGUUUUGUAGUGGGGAUAGAGGUUGUUAUAUGCAAACAUAUGUGUACAAAGCACAUAUGGUAAUUUCCAGCAUUAAUCUGCAACACUAAUUUGUAUGUCUUCCAUAGAGGUGACCUCUUUAUAUGUCAUCUGGAAAAUGUAUGAAUAUUCAUCAUCAGGCUUGGAUGAUAUAUUUUUGAAUCUUUAUUUUGGUAUCAUCCAUAUUGUGCAUCUACCAAAGUAACAAGCACAGCUGAACUGCAUACUUUAUAUUUCAUUUUACAAUAUUGUACUUCAUGUCUACCAAAUACUGUAAUAUUCAUUUGAGGAUUUUAGUUUUGUAUGUCGUGCAGGAAAACAGUUACUUCUCAACCAUCUGGAUAUAGUUCAUCUGGUGUUGCAUCCUUGACUUGAAAUCAAGAUUAGGGUAUAGUCAACCUUUUUAUAAGUGCCUUUUUUCUCACGUUUAAAUAGAGAAAGUGGCAUGUUGGAUUGUUUAUUAGGUCACUUGCUGGUUGAUCUUAGACAGCUAGUUGCACACUGGAAUAGUUUGGGCCAAGGUUGAUGGAUCUAAUGAAUUGAGAGAGAUGUUUGAUACACAACAGUCUUAAAUGAAACUCUAGUGUUUGUACCACUAAAUCGUGAUGGUGCGAAAUAGUGUUUUUUGUAUUCAAGCCCCUUUCCAUUCCUAUUGUUCAAUGAUAUGUACGCUUUAUCACUGCCUCAGCCGUACAAUAAACAGCAAGGCCUCACUGA